GACCUUUGUUUUGAAGCUGGCAGCGGGGAGGAAACUCCGAAGUAAAACUAGCUCACAAAUUGGCAACACAAAAAAGAAACAUCAUCCAUCCAUUCGCAACACAUCCAUCCACUCUAACUAAUACCAAAAAAAUCAAUCAAGAUGGCAAAACCCAACAUGCUUCUAUUGCGCAUCAGCGAUGAGCCUUCCUUUGACUUUGUCCAGUUGGCCCACGCACUGGAGGCCAUUGAUUGCUCGGAUUGGGAUGUCAAGAGCAUCACACUCUGCUUGGACGACUUUGAAUACAUGGAUGCUACCCCCUCUGCCGAGCUCUGCAUGUUCUUCAAGGCCAUUGGUAGCAUUAGCAGUCUUAUCCACCUCAAGAUCUACGAUUCCGGACGCGAGGGUAUCUUGCCCAUUUCCGUCGUUGCUCCCCUGCUGCACCUCUUGGGAAACCGAUUGGAACAACUCGAACUGAGUGGAAUUACCCUGUGUGGUUCCUCCAAUGAGCUGAACGACUUUAGUUGCUCCCUGCAAGGUUUGAUCCAACUCAAAUCCUUUCGCUUCACCAAGUUUUCCGAUAUUGUCUGCACGGAUCAACUGUCACGAGAUGGAGUCGAAGCAUUGUUCAAUACAGUGGCUCAGCUACCCAAUAUCCAGGCAGUCAACGGGGAUAUCCACUGGUUCUUGGAGGGAGCACAGCGAAAGGCGUUCACAGGGAUCCUCUCUUGCAGCCACAAGUUGUCACUCACUCUGGAAAUUGAGCCCGGUAUGGAUGGAGAAACCUUUGCAGCCCUCGUCGUGGAAAACGGCACCAUUGAGAUGAGCAUGUUCCAAGAAUCCGUCCACGGGACAUACCCAUUGCAAUACCUAAUGCUAUUGGCAUUGGCUGUCGAACUCAACUCGGCUUCUGGAAUCCACAAGAUUGUUCUGGAUAUGGAAGGCAUGGAACAACACAGCCAUUUCGAUGAAUUCUUUGUCUACCUGGCACAGUUCUUUGCCCAAGUCCCCACCAGCAAAGACGACGACAAGGCGCCGUUGGAAGUUGAGGUCUACAUGCCUCCGACGUACCAAUUCAAGAACACUGCCAUUACUGCCUUUGCUGAAUUAUUGCAAAACAACUUUGGAAUGCAGAUCCAAUUCCUCCGAGAGAACCGGUCGACGGGUACACACGACAAGGAUGCCGCCAUGCACAGUCAAAUCGACACAUUCCUCUGCCUCAACCAAAACCAACGAGGAUACCUCAUGGAAAACCUGCAUGAAAUCUCUCCCGAACAAUGGGUCGAAUCCUUUGCCGCAGUCAACAACGACCCACGAUGUGUCCACUAUUACCUCAGCAAAAUGCCUUGGAUGUGCGAAGAAAACAGACAACCCGUUUCCGGCAGAUAGAUUGACCAUCCGCAGCCUUGCAAACGAACUUCCUUCAGCUACUAGCUACUAGUCUCCAGCUUCAAACAUAGAUACACAUUCUGUAACAUUAAAUGAACAGUUCACGCUC